AUGAGCCGGGGGUGUCGGCGGGCCAAGGGCACCGUCCUGCUCCAGCAGGGUUUGCUGCACCAUACCCAGCGCAGCAGUGCCUGCCUGGGGCAGGGGGACGGCAUCGUCCCCCUUGCAGGACAUCCUUUGCCACCCCGUGCCCAUGAAGGACCGCCCUUCAUCGUUUCCCCUCCGGAGAACAUCACUGUCAACAUCUCCCAGGAUGCGCUGUUCACCUGCCAGGCCGAGGCGUACCCCGGCAACCUCACCUACCUGUGGUACUGGGAGGAGGAGAACGUCUACUUCAAGAAUGACCUGAAGCUGAGGGUCCGGAUCCUGAUCGAUGGGACGCUGAUCAUUUUCCGGGUCAAACCAGAGGAUGCUGGAAAAUAUACCUGUAUCCCCAGCAACAGCCUCGGCCGCUCGCCAUCAGCCUCUGCCUACCUGACAGUGCAGUAUCCUGCCCGCGUGGUGAAUAUGCCCCCCGUCAUUUAUAUUCCCAUCGGGAUACACGGAUACAUCCGCUGUCCGGUUGAGGCAGAGCCGCCGGUCACUCUGGUCAAGUGGAACAAAGACGGACGUCCCCUGCGAGUCGAAAAGUAUGCUGGCUGGAACCUGCUGGAAGAUGGGUCAAUCCGAAUAGAGGAGGCAACCGAAGACGCUCUCGGCACUUACACCUGUGUGCCUUAUAACGCCCUGGGUACGAUGGGCCAGUCUCCCCCUGCCCGACUGGUACUGAAGGACCCCCCCUAUUUCACGGUGCUACCAGGCUGGGAGUACAGACAGGAGGCAGGGAGGGAGCUGUUGAUUCCUUGUGCUGCUGCGGGAGACCCCUUUCCUAUCAUCGCCUGGAGAAAGGUAGGGAAGCCCAGCAGGAGCAAGCACAACACGCUGCCCGGCGGCACCCUGCAGAUCCGCUCCCUCGGCAAGGACGACCACGGCGAGUGGGAGUGCGUCGCCACCAACGUCGUCGCAAGCAUUACUGCCAGCACUCAUCUUACAGUCGUAGAUGUUCCCAUCUCUCUUGGCAGGAUGAAGAGAGCACAGUUUGGACCCCAUGACUGGCUGUCUCUUCCUGUACCAGCUGGUUCCAGUUGGCUACUGGUGGAUACCUUAGAACCGGAGACUGCGUACCAGUUCAGUGUCUUGGCUCAAAACAAGCUGGGCACCAGCUCCUUCAGUGAGGUGGUCACUGUGAACACUCUAGCAUUCCCUGUAACAACUCCAGAGCCUCUGGUGUUGGUUACCCCACCGAGGUGCCUAACAGCCAACCGGACACAGCAAGGCGUCCUCUUGUCGUGGCUUCCUCCCGCUAACCACAGCUUUCCCAUCGACCGCUACAUCAUGGAGUUCCGCGUCGGGGAGAGGUGGGAGAUCUUGGAUGACGGCAUCCUAGGGACCGAGAGCGAGUUUUUUGCCAAGGACUUGUCCCAGGACACCUGGUAUGAGUUCCGGGUCCUAGCAGUCAUGCAGGAUCUUAUCAGUGAACCCAGUAACAUUGCUGGCGUGUCCAGUACAGACAUAUUCCCUCCGCCUGACCUGACGGACGAAGGUUUAGCCCGCCCGGUGCUGGCUGGCAUCGUUGCCACCAUCUGCUUCCUGGCUGCUGCCAUCCUCUUCAGCACACUCGCUGCCUGCUUCGUCAACAAGCAACGCAAACGGAAACUCAAGCGCAAGAAAGACCCUCCUCUCUCGAUAACCCACUGCAGGAAGAGUUUGGAGUCCCCGUUGUCUUCCGGCAAGGUGAGUCCCGAGAGCAUCCGCACGCUCCGUCCCCCUUCGGAGUCCUCUGAUGACCAAGGCCCGCAGGCCAAGCGGAUGCUGAGCCCCAGCAAGGAGAAGGAACUGUCCCUUUACAAGAAGACCAAGAGGGCAAUUAGCAGCAAGAAGUACAGCGUCUCCAAGGCCGAGGCUGAAGCUGAGGCCACGACCCCCAUCGAACUCAUCAGCCGUGGGCCGGAUGGCCGCUUCGUGAUGGACCCGGCGGAGAUGGAGCCCUCUCUGAAGACACGCCGGAUCGAGGGCUUCCCGUUUGUGGAGGAGACGGAUAUGUACCCCGAGUUCCGGCAGUCGGACGAGGAGAACGACGACCCCGUCGUCCCCGCCUCCGUCACGGCCCUCAAAUCCCAGCUCACCCCUCUCUCUUCCAGCCAGGAGUCCUACCUUCAGCCACCAGCAUACAGUCCCCGGUUCCACCGGGCCUUGGAGGGCACGGGCACCCUUGAGAGCCACCUGCAGGCCACUGGCCAGGCCCGACCGCCAGCCCCCCGGGCUUUCCACCACGGCCAGUUUUACGGUUAACCCAGCAGCAGGAGCCUGUCCUCCCCACCUCUGCACCCCGAGGGGCCCUUCGGACACCCCACCAUCCCCGAGGAGAACGGGGAGAACGCUUCCAACAGCACGCUGCCUCUCGCCCAGACCCCCACGGGGGGCCGGUCCCCCGAGCCCUGGGGCAGGGCCGAGUUCCCCUUCGGUGGCCUGGAAGCGUCCCCUGUGGUGUUCCCCCACCAGCUCCAGCAGUGCGACGUGGCCGAGAGCGCCCAGCCCACGGCCUGUCUUCCUCGGGGGCCGCCCCCGUCCUCCCUCCAGGUCCCUGUGUCCUACCCGGGCAUCCUGCCCCUGGAGGCACCAAAGAGUUGGACUGGCAAGUCACCUGGCAGGAGCCAACCUUCUGUGCCCACCACCACCAAAUGGCAGGACAAACCUAUGCAACCUAUGGGGAGUCAAGGGCAGCUAAGACAUACCAGUCAAGGUAUGGGCAUACCCGUGUUGCCUUACCACGAACCGUCCGAGUCAGUCGGCCACAGCGGCACAAGCACAUUCAGCCUGGACACCAGGUGGUAUGAGCCCCAACCCAGACCUCGGCCCAGCCCUCGGCAAGUCAGGAGGGCUGAGCCCAGUUUACAUCAGGUGGUGCUACAACCUUCGAGGCUUUCUCCUCUGACCCAAAGCCCCCUCAGCUCCCGCAACAGCUCCCCGGAGCUGACCGCCCGGGCCCGGCCGCGGCCGGGCGUCAUCCAGCAGGCAGAGAUGUCAGAGAUCACCCUGCAGCCCCCCGCGGCGGUCAGCUUCUCGCGCAAGUCCACGCCGUCGACGGGAUCCCCUGCUCCGAGCAGCCAGGGAGAGAGCCCCAGCUACCGACCCACCACAGCCUUCACCUCUCUGGCCACUGGCUAUUCUGGCUCCCAGGGCUCCUCCCUGCCCGUGGACACCAUGGAUGUUUUUGGAGAAAUUCCCUCUCCGAAGGGAACUAGUGAGGAGAUUCUCAGACCGGAGCCUACACCGACAACGGUAGCCACUUCGGGUUGCUGGCUCUUGGCUUUCUUCGAACGUUAGGGCUGUUGUGCCUCCUUGUCUUCCUUCUGUUCCUUCUUCCCGCGGAGUCUAGAGAGCUUUAAUGCAUGACAGAAACAGCUGUAAAAGUCACCUUGCCGCCCCAUCUGCAAAAGGGAUGCUGCAGCCCCAGGACGCGGGCAGGGAGAGAGAUCAAGGACUUAGCCGCACCAGCAGCGUGUAAGGAGAGGAAAAAAAAAAAAAAACCCAGCGGAGAUCAGGAAGCUGCCGGCAUGCUCAGAUCCUGCCCUAAAGAGGGAUGUGGCUGCACUAG